AUGGAAGCAUCCCAAGCCCAACAUAGUUCCGAUUACACAGGGAUGCCCGAGAAGCCAUCUUCUUCUAUCUCCGGUGCCAGGGAAGGUUCGAAGUCAAUGGAAGCUAUCGAUGGAACAUUGAACGAGGCUCCACCAUCUUCUAUUGCACCACCAGAGGCGAGGGAGGUACCAGCCAACUAUCAAUCUCUCAAUCUAUUUCCAAAUCUCGUUACUAAAGCUCUUCCUCCUUCACCGGAACUCUACAACUUGUCUUCUCUUCACCAGUACCAGUAUCUGGUCAAAAAUGGAGUUCUUCCCCCUAAAAUCUGUCCCAACGGAAAUCGAUUCAAUGAAAAAGCUACAAGAUCAAGAAUGAGGAACGGAUACAAGAGGGGUUUGACAGCUCAUCGAGCUAAGAGGUCUGUCGAGCCUUUAUCCGCGAGUUAG